CUCCGUGUCGCUAAAAGUAUCGGGAGAGGGAUGGAGAGCGCAGCGUCCCAGGCUCCCCGGGGAGGAGAAGCACGCGGGGCUGGGCGGGGCCCGCCUCCAGUGCUUGAGUGUCGAGUGCGGGGGGGCACGAUCUCCGCUCUCCCGGGCGCCCCAGCCCCAGCGCACGCCUCCGCUUCCGCGCCCCCCUCCGCAGGCGCGCGCGAGGCGCACUCCCCCUCCCUCGGCGGCGCGGGGCGCGCGCCCGGCCCCCCCCCUCCUCCCCUCCGCGCCUCUCGGCUCUCCCGGCAGAAAGUUAGCAGCGGGGAAGGAACUCGGGGCUGCAACAGCGCGCGGCGGCGGCGGCAGAGGCUGAAGCAGGAGCCGCGGCGGAGCCGGGGAAGCGGGGGCGCUGCAGACGGAGCAGGUGCAGCCGGCGGGUCCGCGCGCCCCCCUCGGUCCCCUUGACAGAGGCUGAGGGGGGGUGGUGGGGGGCCGCCCGGACUCCGCGGGAAGAGUGGGGAGGGGGGCCAUGCGGCCGGGCUCCCCCCCGGCGCAGCGGGACAGCGGCCAGGGCCGGGGGCGCAGCGGCGUCGCUUCAUGCAGCCGGGGCGGCUGGGCAGCGGCGGCGGCGGCGGCGGCGGCGGCGGGGGCGGCGGCUGAAACCAUGUCCGGGCAGCGCCGGGGGCCGCCGCCGCCGCCGCCGCGAGCCGGGAGCCGCGAUGGCCCCGUGGCCCGCACCUCCUCCGCCUCCGCCUCCGCCUCCACCUCUCGCCGCGCCGCCGCCGCCCGGCGUCUCUGCUAAGGGGCCGCCGGCGCGCAAGCUGCUUUUUAUGUGCACCUUGUCCCUGUCCGUCACCUACCUGUGCUACAGCCUCCUGGGCGGCUCGGGCUCCCUGCAGUUCCCCCUGGCGCUGCAGGAGCCGCCGGGCGCCGCCGCCGAGCCCCCACCGAGCCCGCCGCCACCCUCUCUGCCGCCUCCCCCCGUGCGCCUCGGCGCCCCCUCGCAGCCGCCCGCGCCGCCGCCGCCGGACAACGCGAGCCGCGGGGAGCCGCCCGAGCCCCCCAAACGGCCCGCCGCCCCCGGGGCCGACGGCUGGGGGCUGGCGAGCGGCGGCGGGGGCGCCCGGGACGCCUGGCUCCGGACCCCGCUGGCCCCCGGCGAGAUGAUCACGGCGCAGAGCGCGCCGCUGGAGAGGGAAGCGCAGGAGUCCAGCACCACCGACGAGGAGCUCGCAGGCCGGAGAGCGGCCAACGGGAGCAGCGAGAGGGGCGGCGCCGCGAGCACCCCGGACUAUGGGGAGAAGAAGCUGCCACAGGCGCUUAUCAUUGGGGUCAAGAAAGGAGGGACCCGCGCGCUGCUGGAGGCGAUCCGAGUCCACCCGGACGUGCGGGCGGUGGGCGUUGAGCCGCACUUCUUCGACAGGAACUACGAAAAGGGGCUGGAGUGGUACAGAUUGGAGCUUCUGGCUUGUGAAAUGUUCACCUCUCUCCUUUUCCACCCUCUGCCCGUGGUGAGAGAAAGGGAGAAGAGGAGUAGAAAGUUCGGUGCAGCCCAGACCCUUCAAAUAUUCAGUAGCCCCCAAGAUUCCUGCAAUGGUUCUGUUGAAGAGCAUCACCUCCGAGCCAGAUCGACCCAGCUGCUGCUUUUCUCUGAAGCGACGGCAAGGAGAGGAGCCUGGCCUAAGGUGACUGCAUUGGAGUUCGUCUACUUCUUCCUCCAAUCCUGGAUAGCUGGGCUGUUCCCAAUUUUUGCUGUGAUACAGGCUUCCGUCUUACGGUCAGAACGAUCCUCUGGCACUGAUGAAGUAUUUGCUGAAUUCACUUAUUAAUUUCCCAAAUGCGUCAAUUAGAAGACAUCCUUUAUCCCAGCACAAACACAUUCAAAAUGAAGUCAUCAUUUGGUCCUACGCAUGGCCUCUUUUACUGCCAGACUGCAGAUCCCCAGUCACUCCCAAAGGAAAUCCAGGCAGUCUUUGCUUAAUACCAUGGAGAGACUUCACCAGCAUGUUCUGCUGCCAGGCACGGUUCUGCGGUUCAAGAAACUCUCAUUUCUCGUGCAUCGAUUUUGAAGGUGAUGGUAUAGACAACCUGUCGAGAGAGCUUGCAACAUCCAGAUGUUUCAUCCUCCUCCAAUUACGGGAGGCUUUGGGGUUGUAAAAUUACAGUGAAGAUAUGGAGGGACACAGGAUGAACACCUGCCAUGUAGAUGGACCAUAUUGUCCUGGGUUGAGGUCAUAUUUCCUGGUUGGUAAUAACAGAUUGAUAAUGCAGUCCCGCUGCACUGUUGCUUUAUGAGAGAUCUGUCUUGGCAAAGUCUCAGGGAAAGCAAGUGGGAGUUGAAAGGGCUGAUGUAAAGGAGAAGGAUUAGUUCUGUUCUUGUGUGCUUUCGGCAACCAGAAUAAUCCUUUGUCCUCAUUGCUAUCUGGGCUGUUAGCCUAGAGCAUUUUUUCAUUCAACCAGUUUUACUGAGCAUCAAGCUUAUAUCAGAGACGGUGCUAAUGCUGGUGAUACAAAGAAAAGGGCAGGGGGGAAUAAAAGACCUGGUAAUUGCCUUCAGGAAAUAGACAAUUUAGUAGCAGAGACAGAGACUAAUAAAGUUUCAUGAAGAAGUGUGAAAUUACAACUAUGUGAGUGAAAUGAAAGAGAAAUGCAUGGUGCUCAGGACAUUCAGCACAGGAACAAUUACCAAAAGCUCCGGAAAGGCUUCUAGAAGGAAGUGACAAUAAAGCUGAGAGUUAAGUAGGCAAAGAGUUAGUGAACGAGCAUUUCCAGCGGCAAGAGAAGCAUGUGUAAAGGUCCUAGGGCCAAAAAAAGGAGUAGUGCAUAUUCAAGAAACUGAAAGAAGGCCAGUGUGUUUGGAAGGUCAGUGUCGGGAAGUACUGUACAGUAUGUGACUGGGGAGCCUUCGGGGUCCAGACAGAAGGUAUUUGGAUGAUGUUAAGGAUUUGUGGUCUUACCCUAAGAACAAAAGAAAGCCACUGAUGAAUGUUAAGUGUAUGUGUGGUAAUGGGGGACAGAGGUAGUGACUCAGUUUGUGUUUUGAAAAAAUGACUCUGAUUGCAAUGUAGAAAAUAGAAGUUGUAUUAUUUCAUGUCUUUGCAUGGAAGCAUUUGAAGACUCUUCAUUACUCUCGGGAUGAAAUUAAAAGUCUUUAACAUCAUUUCUAGGAUAUUUCCCCAUAUGGCUAACGUCAACUUUAAAACCUCAUUUCCGCAAUCCAAAGGAGCCAGCUAUUGCUAGGAUAAUGCUGUGUAACAAACAGUCCCUGAAGCCCAGUGUCUUACAACGACAAGCGUUGUUUUCUCCUUCAUGAGUCUGAGGCAGCUCUGCUUCAGCCUCCAAAUCAGAUUCAGGUCUGGUCUACUUGCCCAUCCGUCUGAGAUUCAUGCAGCUAUGUGAAUCAUGCUUUUUCCAUAAUAAAUCACAAGAGUAUGAGAGGCCAGCAAAACCCCAAAAAGCAAAUUUAAAGUCUCUGCACCUGGCACCUCUAAUAGCAUUUCAUUGUCUAGAGCAGGCCCACAUCAGUGUGGUGGGAAGGAUAGCUCUUCUUUGAAGGGGCAGGCAUAGGGAAAAAGGGCAUCAAAGGAAGGAAUGAAGACCAUACUUGCUCUUACUUCAUUGUAGCUAUCCAGGUGGUCGAGUGUAACACUGAAGAAUACAGGUUUGGAGGCAAGGCUUUGUUACUUUGAAACCUGGCUUUGAAACUUCCCAGCUGUGUGAGUCUGGUUAAGUUAGGAUCCUCCUUUUGCAUCAGUUACCUCAUCUGUGCAAAGAAAAUUAACAACAAUAAUUAUAAUAGUAUAAUAACACUUACCUACGUCAGGAGGACUUAGUUAAGUGCUCAGAGAAGUUAUUAGGUGUUAUUAACAUAGAUUCAUCUCUUGGGGUCCCUGGGUGGCUGAGUCGUUAAGCGUCUGCCUUCGGCUCAGGUCAUGAUCCCAGGGUCCUGGGAUCGAGCCCCGCAUCGGGCUCCCUGCUUGGUGGGAAGCCUGCUUCUCCAUCUCCCACUCCCCCUGCUGUGUUCCCUGUCUCGCUGUCUCUCUCUCUCUGUCAAAUAAAUAAAUAAAUAAAUCUUAAAAAAAAACACAUAGAUUCAUCUCUUAUUCAAAAUUAGUCAUGUUUUGAAAUUUAGAAAUAUUAUAAUUAUUAAAUUUUAGGGGCACCUGGGUGGCUUAGUUGGUUAAGUGUCUGACUUUGGCUCAGUUGAUGAUCUCCAGCUCCUGGGAUCGAGUCCUGCAUUGGGCUCCCUGCUCAGUGGGGAGUCUGCUUCUCCCUCUCCCUCUGCCCACCCCCCCCCACUUGUGCUCUCUCUCACUCUCAAAUAAAUAAAAUCUAAAAAAAAAGAAUUACUAAAUUUUAGAAAGGCGGUGUGAUACAGCUUACAGUACAUAACUUCCCCCAUGGGUUCUGGGACAAUAAGCUAUCAUCAAACUCUUGUCUUUUCUGCCACGAAGCACCAUCAUUCACACAAGGCGGGAACAAUGAUAAAAUGAUACACGCUCGUAUAUCAGAUCACCAUUCUGGUUUUCAGGGCAUUGUGGAUUUUAGGAUUGUGAGUAAAGGAUGCCGGCUGGUGUUAGCUUUGAAAUGUGGCGGGUCAGUGGGUCUUCACGUGUGCGAGCCACACUCUUGUCUUGAAGUGCCCUUCCCGACCCUCUCCGGGUAUAAACUCUCGUCGUGGCCUGAUCCCAAAUGUCACCUCGUUUUUGUUUU